GAUUUAAGCUUUAUUAUCACUUCCAACUUAGAUUACACUUUCAUACAUUGUUUUCUUUUGCACUACCCAUUUUUCUGCUCUCAACUACGAAAAUGGCUGACGAAGAGCAGAACUCUAUCGUGUGCGACAACGGGUCCGGUAUGGUGAAGGCCGGUUUCUCCGGCGAUGAUGCGCCACGCCACGUGUUCCCCUCCAUCGUGGGCCGCCCGAAGAACAUGCAGGCGAUGAUGGGCAGCGCUAACAAGACGGUGUACGUCGGCGACGAGGCGCAGUCGAAACGUGGUGUGCUGUCACUUAAGUAUCCGAUUGAGCACGGUAUUGUGACGAACUGGGACGACAUGGAGAAGAUCUGGCACCACACCUUCUACAACGAGCUGCGCGUGAACCCCGAGCAACACAACGUACUGCUGACGGAGGCCCCGAUGAACCCGAAGCAGAACCGCGAGAAGAUGACGCAGAUCAUGUUCGAAACGUUCAACGUGCCGUCAUUGUACAUUGGCAUCCAGGCUGUGCUGUCGCUGUACUCGUCCGGUCGCACCACCGGUAUCGUGCUGGAUGCCGGUGACGGCGUGACGCACACGGUGCCGAUUUACGAGGGUUACUCGCUGCCGCACGCUGUGCGACGCGUGGAUAUGGCUGGCCGCGACCUGACGGAGUACCUGAUGAAGAUUAUGAUGGAGACCGGCAUGACGUUCACGACGACCGCGGAGAAGGAGAUCGUGCGCAACGUGAAGGAGCAGCUGUGCUACGUCGCGCUGGACUACGACGAGGAGAUGGCGACGAGCGCAAAGGCGGCCAACGAGGAGCCGUUCGAGCUUCCGGACGGUAACGUGAUGAUGGUGGGCAACCAGCGCUUCCGCUGCCCGGAGGUGCUGUUCAAGCCGAACUUGAUCGGACUGGACGAGGCGCCUGGCUUCCCGCUGAUGGUGUUCCAGUCGAUCAACAAGUGCGAUAUCGAUGUGCGCCGCGAACUGUACAGCAACAUCGUGCUGUCUGGCGGCUCGACGAUGUUCCGCAACCUGCCUGAGCGUCUUGCGAAGGAGAUUGCGAACCUUGCGCCGUCCUCUAUCAAGCCGAAGGUGGUUGCGCCGCCGGAGCGCAAGUACAGUGUGUGGAUUGGCGGCUCGAUUCUGUCGUCGCUCACGACGUUCCAGUCGAUGUGGGUGAAGAAGAGCGAGUACGACGAGUCCGGCCCAAGCAUUGUCCAUAACAAGUGCUUUUAA